GCACGCCCGAAACGGUCACUCUGCGCGUCCAUCACAUUUUUGGUCUAAUCGAAUUGCUUCGCCCUGAAUUGUUUUACCUAUUUGCCGAUUAAAUCAAAAUGCCUGCGGUUGUGCGUAUAAAGCGGCGCAUCGACGAGGAACCCCACACAGCCUUUGUGCUAAACGGCAAGCGGAGGCGCCUCCAAAACGAUGAGAAUUCUCUGGAGGAUGCGGGAGCAGUGGCGGGAGUGGCGGCAUCAGACAAAGACGAGCUGACCACCGUGCUCAAGUUUGCCGGCACGCUGGAAAAGCAGGACGAUUGUGCCACUCGACAAUUCGCGGCUGCCAGACUGAACAAAACCACGGCCCGUGAGCUGGUGCAACAGCAGCGCUCCAAUGAUGCGGCCAUUGCCAGUGCCCUGCGGCGGGAUCGCCAGCGCCAGGAGGCCCAGCAGAAUGCCCGAGAGCAGCGCUUCCGGGUGGUAAACUGCCUGCGCAGUACCCUCGAGGAGAAUGCCAACGAAGCGACAUGCUCGGAGGAUCAGAACCAGGAGCCACAGCCCAGCAAACGUCACAUAACCAUAGUGGACAUUGAAUCACAGCAGCAGCAACAGCAAUCGGGAUCGGAAAAUGCCACAGUUCAAGAUCGACAGCUGGAUAUAGAAACCAGCCAUGAUCAGCAACAGCCCGCCGAUUCCGAUGUGGGUUAUGUUUACGAUCUAUAUGUUCCCGAGAACGAGAUGCAGGCGGCCUAUGUCGAUAUGAUGGAUGACAACUAUCUAAGAGUGAUUCCUGUGGGUGAGAUUGUGCUUGAGGAUUGCUACAAUGAUCAGGAUGAGGACUACGAUUCGGAGGACUCGAAUCAGGAGAACUACUUUACGAAUGAUUACCCGGACGACGAAGAAGCGGGCGGCAUGGGUUCCGAUGAGGAAUUGUGCCGGCAAAUGAACAAGUUUAUGCUCGAUGACGACGAGGAUGAGUUUGCCAGCACCAGCGAUGAUGAAGACUAUGCCACCUACCACGAUCCCUAUGUCCAUACGAUUGACACCCAAGAAGACUCAUUUGUGGACGAUGUGGACUUUUAUAAUGCGGAGCGGGAAAGGGGCAGCGCCUACGAGCGCUAUAAGAGAAGGAUUCUAAAAGAGUUGGAGGAUCAGAAUGAUGAUGAGGAUGAUGAUAGUGACUCAUUCGCAAGCGCUGAUGAUGAAUGAAUGCUGGCAAAACCAUUCUGCCAAUUGAGAAAUUCAAUUUCAAGCCUUUACAGUCGAUUUUCAAUAGAUUUAAGAUACAAAUAAAUUAUGUUUUAGCUUUAGAAUAAAUAAAGUAUCUUUGAAAU